AUUUAUUUCUGUUUUUACAGAGUGCACCAAAGCAGCUACAAUAUAGUGGUGAUUACACUGUGGAAAAUAUGGGCGAUGUGGUAGCUGAUCGGGAAAAUGCAUGGGAGGAAGUCCAAAAGAAGGCCUUCAUUCACUGGGUGAAUACGUUGUUAGAGCAGAGAGGUUUAAACAAGUUGAAUGGCUUGGACGCGUUCUCCGACGGCGUGACGGUCGUCACGUUUGUGGAGAUUUUAUGUGAGAAGCGAAUUCGGUAUGUCACGCCGGAUCCGAAGCUCCGGAUCGAGAAGAUCAACAACAUCAAUUUGGCGCUGGAAGCGUUGAAGUCCCAAGGUCUGAGCAGCAAGUACUUAACGGUUAGCUCCGAGGAUUUCGUCGACAACAACACCAAGUUCAUUUUGGGGUUUUUGUGGACGACAUUUCAUAAAUUCCGCAUUGCCAAGUCUCUGGGGUCGCUGAAUGAUGACGUGGACACGACGAAGACCGCGCUGUUGGAUUGGGUAAGAAAAACGACUGAGGGAUACAAAGGUGUCAAUGUGACCGACUUCCGUACCAGUUUCAAUGAUGGAAACGCCCUCCUUGCUCUGAUUCACGCCUACGAUCACGAUCUCUUUGAAUACGAGCCUCAAGUAUCGGAACACUCGAGCAUUGAGAACGCCGAAUUGGCCCUCGAGCUCUCAGAGAAACACAUGAACAUCCCGCGGUUGAUUGACCCCUCUGAGCUCGUUCACGGACGAGUCGAUGAAAGGACCAUCAUGCUCUACGCGGGCAUGUUCUUCAAUGCCUUCGUGUCUACAGAAAACAAGAAGCGAGUCGAAGCGGAAAAAAUGAAGGUCUCGGAAAAGGUUUCGGACCUCGAGAUGGAAAUGGAACUCCUGAAUAAAAAACUGGCCAACAAGGAAGAAGAAUACCUCAACCUGUGUCGCUCUCAAGAAGAACAAGCAAAAAAAAAUGAAGAACUAAACUCAGAGUACGACCAACUUGUGGCAAAACAUCAGGCUCUGCAGGAAGAACACUCUCGCUUGAAGAAGCUCACCGAAGAACGCGUCAACCUUGAGCUUUCUGCCCUUGGCCUGCUUCGCAAAAACCUUCUUGAACACCUUCGCGACAUGCAUAGCUGGAAAGCCCACUUGGCUCAAAACCGCACCUAUGAGUCCGAAAAGAUCCAAAUCAAAGUCAACGCCGAGAUCGCCGAAAUGCAAAUCGAAGACCAAAUCAACUACCUGAGCACCGCUCUCAGCAACGAGAACGAAUGCCUCCAAUCUCUUCUGCGCAGGUACGAGGAACAAAGCGCGGAUUCGCAUCCGCCGACCACCGACUCGGGCAACAACGCCUCCCUCGAAGACACAGCGAGUGAACGCGGACUCGCCUCCAGCGAGUCUCAUGGCGCGCCCUUUGAUAAGGACGAAAAGCCCAGGGACAGACGAGAGGCCGAAGAAAAAAAGGAAAAACGGUCCGCCGAAGAAAAAAAGGAAAGGCGACCCGCUGAAGACAGAGUCGAAAAACGGCCGACCGAGGACAAAAUCAAAAAACGGAUGACCGAAGACAGGUUCAGGGAAAAACGAACGCUGACCGAAGACAACAGAGACAAUAGAUCCAGAGAGAGGCGAUCGACCGAGGACAGACACAAGGAGAAGCGGUCGAGCGAAGAAAGGUUCAAGGAAAAACGGUUAACCGAAGAAAAAAACGACGAGGCCAAAGAAAGGGGCAACAAAAAAGGAAAGAAAAAAAAUAAAAACAGGGAAGAGAAGAUCGAAGGCAGAGAAGACAAGGGAGAGGGCAAACACGAUGAUAACGAAAAAGGCUACGACGACAAGGAUAAAGGCGAUGAUAACGAAAAAGGCGACGAUAAGGAAAAAGGCGACGAUAAGGAAAAAGACAAAUAAAGAGCAUCUUUGCGAUAAAA